GAGCACCGUUACUUGUCAGUUGGCAUUUCAGAGCGAAGCCGUCGAUAUGGCGAGUUUGUUCACCGCCGUGGCCGUGCUGGCCGUGCUGUCCGGAGGCCUGUGUGACGAGACCUUUCUGCAGAGAGCCGGCAUGUCCUUUAACAGCAGGAGCUACAGAUCCGUGCUCACUGUGAGCAACGGGGGAAAGUUUGGAAGCUGGACCUGGCCGGAGAUGUGUCCCGAUCAGUUCUAUGCUGUUGGAUUCAGCAUCAGGGUGGAGUUUAACCAGUACGAGGGGGAUGACACGGCCAUGAAUGGGAUCCGUCUCAUCUGCGCCAAAGACGGAGUCAGAAGCUUCCUGUACACCAUUGAGUCCAACACUGGAUAUUUCGGUGAAUGGUCCCAUCCUCAGUACUGCCCCACCGGAGUGCUGACCAGCUUCCAUCUUCGCGUGGAGCCCCAUCAAGGUAUGUUCGGGGACGACACCGGCGUCAACAACAUCAGGUUCCGCUGCAGCAGCAACCCGACCGUGGAGGGCCCCGGCACCACCUGGGGGGAGUACGGCUACUGGAGCGAAGAGUGCACCAACGGAGGGAUCUGUGGAAUCGAGACCAAGAUGGAGGACUACCAGUACGCCCUGGAUGACUCCACCCUCAACGAUGUGCGCUUCUAUUGCUGCGACAAACAGUGAUUGGCGGGCGAAGAAGCUGCAGGUUUUUCUCCAACACCUCAGACUCAUAAACGACGACAAACAAUAAAAAGCUCACUUGAA